AUGGCCUACACUUCGUUGACUGACGUUCCUCACAACCUCAAGGAGGGUAUUGACUGGUUGAUAGCGCUGAGGGGAACUGACGCUGAAAAGAACUUGAAGGCUAUGGGCGAGGCACUUUACAAAUUCCUCGCAGACAAGCCUAUUGGCAAGACACAGGUGCCAGCUCUCGAGAAGAUUAAACAUAUUUCUAAGCAGUUCAUUGCGAACCCGGAGCUUAAGGAGAUGUGGCCCGCCAACGAGCUGUUGAGGAGAUUUAAGGGGCCUAUGAGUAAGAAAGGACCCGGUUGUCUCGCUAGCUGCUUUGGAGCUUCACUCGAAAGCGACUAUAAGAACGUCGUGCGGACCAAGGGUCUCACUGCUGAAACUAUCGCAAAGAAAUUACGUAAACUCGUGAAUGGCUGUGAGAAGUUCUUAGAAAAGAUAAAAAGUCCUGACCAGUACAAGCCUUCUUACACUUCAGAAGCUACGUGGGACGUGUCGUGCUCAAACAACCCGGAGGCCUGCGCAGUGGUCCUGGUGGGGAUCGCGCCAAUGCUAUACACGGGUUUACGUUGUUUGCGCGAGGCAAGUCAUGAUGAUACCUUGCCGGUGUCACCGUUUGCGCCGUGUACUAUCCUCGGAAAUGUAUUGAAAGCUGUGGGUUACGAGAGGUCGGAAUGCUGCGCUAAAAUUAGUGGUUCUUAUGUCUUCAAGGCGUUGGGCAAUGUGAAAUUCCAAAUGUUGGUGACGCUAUACGACCUCGCUGGAUUCUGGGCUUUCUAUUGA